AUGAGUGAUACAACAGGGAAUUUAAGUCAAGGUAUUGAAAUGGACGAAUCACCAACUCCAGAUACUGUGACCACUCCAUCAUUGGACUUAAAUGAAAUCCUUAAACCAAAAGAUUUAGAUGGGACCACCACUAAUAUAUCUUCUAAUAAGGCUAAGUAUUUGAUUCAAUCAGAAAAAGAGAAUUUUGACGUUGAUGAAACUGCUAAGAGAUUCAAAUACUUGCUUGGAUUAACAGAUUUAUUCCAGCACUUCAUCAAUGCUAAGGCUGAUAAAGAUCCAAACUUUCAAAAAGUAUUAGCGAGUAUUGAUAAUAAUGAAGUGGCACAUAAGCACACUGAGGCUAAUAAUAGGAGACGUAAGACCGAGAAAGAAGAAGAUGCAGAAUUAUUAAAUGAUGAGGUUGAGACCCCAGCGAUUACCGAAUUUACUGAAAGUCCUGGAUAUGUUCAUGGAAAAUUGAGACCAUAUCAAAUUCAGGGAUUGAACUGGUUAAUUUCGUUAUAUGAAAACAAUUUAUCUGGUAUUUUAGCGGAUGAGAUGGGUUUGGGUAAGACUUUACAAACCAUUUCAUUUUUGGGAUACUUAAGAUAUAUGCGGAAUAUCAAUGGUCCACAUAUUGUCAUAGUUCCGAAGUCUACAUUGGAUAAUUGGGCAAGGGAAUUUGCAAGAUGGACACCUGAUGUUAGGGUUUUGGUCUUGCAAGGUGAUAAAGAUACCAGGAAUGAAUUAAUCCAGAAAAGAUUACUUACUUGUGAUUUUGACGUUGUCAUUUCAUCAUACGAAAUCGUUAUAAGAGAAAAGGCGUCAUUCAGGAAAUUCGCUUGGGAGUAUAUUAUAAUUGAUGAGGCCCACAGAAUUAAAAAUGAAGAAUCUUUGUUAUCCCAAAUUAUAAGAAUGUUUCAUUCUAAGAAUAGAUUAUUAAUAACUGGUACUCCGUUACAAAAUAACUUACAUGAAUUAUGGGCAUUGUUGAACUUCAUUCUUCCUGACGUUUUUGGGGAUUCGGGAACGUUUGACCAAUGGUUCCAAAACGAUAAUAAAGAUGAACAUGGAAAUGGUAAAGAAGAAGACGUGAUCUUGCAGUUGCAUAAAGUCUUACAACCAUUUUUGUUGCGUCGUAUCAAAUCUGAUGUCGAAAAGUCAUUAUUACCUAAGAAAGAACUAAACCUUUAUGUUUCGAUGUCUGAUAUGCAAAGAAAAUGGUAUCAAAAGAUCUUAGAGAAGGAUAUUGAUGCUGUUAAUGGUGCCAAUAAAAAGGAAUCAAAGACAAGGUUAUUGAAUAUUGUAAUGCAAUUAAGAAAAUGUUGCAACCAUCCUUAUUUAUUUGAAGGUGCAGAACCAGGCCCUCCAUAUACUACAGACGAGCAUUUAGUUUACAACUCUCAGAAAAUGAUAAUAUUAGAUAAAUUAUUGAAAAAGUUUAAACAAGAAGGAUCAAGAGUUUUGAUUUUUUCACAAAUGAGCAGAAUGUUAGACAUAAUGGAAGAUUAUUGUAUGUUCAGAGACCACGAGUACUGCCGUAUCGAUGGUCAAACUGAUCAUGCUGAUAGAGUCAAUGCUAUCGAUGAAUAUAAUGAACCAGGCUCUUCCAAAUUCGUAUUCUUGUUGACCACAAGGGCUGGUGGUUUGGGUAUCAACUUAACUACUGCAGAUAUUGUUAUAUUGUUCGACUCGGAUUGGAAUCCACAAGCUGAUUUACAAGCUAUGGAUAGAGCUCAUAGAAUUGGUCAGACAAAGCAAGUUCGAGUAUUCAGAUUUAUAACCGAGAAUGCAAUUGAAGAGAAGGUAUUAGAAAGAGCUACUCAAAAGUUAAGGCUUGAUCAGUUAGUUAUUCAACAAGGUAGAAAUGCAGGAAAUAUUGGACAGCAGAGUAAUAAGGCUACAUCAAAAGAUGAAUUAUUGACCAUGAUUCAACAUGGUGCAGCAGAAAUGUUCAGUAAAGAUUCAGCUUCCAAUGGUGAAAAUGCAGAUGACGUUGACAUUGACUCAAUUUUGGCUUCUUCUGAAAGCAAGACACAAGAAUUAAACAAAAAGUAUGAAAAAUUGGAUUUAAGUGCGUUACAAAAUUUUUCGAACGAUGAAUCAGUAUACGAAUGGAAUGGAGAAAACUUUAAAAAGAAAGAAACUUCUACAAUCGGAGAUAUAGGCCAUGGAUGGAUUAACCCCGGUAAAAGAGAACGUAAGGAAAAUUAUUCCAUUGAUAUGUAUUAUAAGGAUGUUUUGAAUACUGGGGGCAGGUCUCAUGUAAAGUCGGGUCCUAAACCACCGAAACAGCUCAACAUUUUCGAUCAUCAAUUCUAUCCUACUAAAUUGUUUGAAUUAAAUGAAUUAGAGAAAAAUUAUUAUAAAAAACAAAUAAGAUAUCAAGUUCCCUUAAAGGCUGGUAAUCCAAAGACUUUAAAAGAAAGACAGUUGGAGCAGAAGUUAGAGCAAGAAGAAAUUGAUAAUUCAAGACCUUUGACAGACGAGGAAAAGGAAUUAAAGGAACAAUUAUUGACUCAAGGAUUUGGUAACUGGAAUAGAAGAGAGUUCACUCAUUUUAUUCAAGUGUGUUCGAAAUAUGGCCGUAACUCAAUCCUGUUAAUCACCGCAGAAUUUGAAGAUAAGACAGAAGAAGAUGUGAGGGAAUAUGCCAAGAAGUUUUGGACUUCGUAUGAAGAAAUUGAAGGAUAUGAAAGAUACAUCAACCAGAUUGAAAUGGGUGAAGAAAAAAUCAUCAAAAACAGGUUGCAAAAAGAGUCUUUGCGUAGAAAAUUAGCUCAAUACAAAUAUCCGCUUCAAGAGCUAGUAUUGAAAUUUCCUCCAGCUUCCACGAACAAGAGAACGUUUUCGGAGGAAGAAGAUAGAUUUUUGUUGGUACAAUUAUAUAGGUUUGGCCUCGACAGACCUGAUAUAUAUGAAAGAAUCAGAGAUACUAUUAGGGAUUCACCACUAUUCCAAUUCGAUUUCUUUUUCCAGUCGAGAAAUGCAGCAGAACUCUCAAGAAGAUGUACCACUCUUUUGGCGUGUGUAUUAAAAGAAAUCCAUCCUGAUGCUGUGCAUAACAAGAGAAAGAAGGAAGACACCCCCGAUACAAAGGAUUCCAAGAAGAAGAAAGCCAAAAAAUGA